UACCAGGAUAGAUGAUAACUGGCUUGGGUGUUGUGGAUCACGGAUCUGGCAGAGAUUAUUUAUCCAAUGAGCGCGGAACGGGGCGGAGAGCAACCGUUUAUCAUGGAGCUGAAGAACGGACACUGAUGCAGUACAAGCACGCAUCCAGCAUCACUCAACAUCACAUUGGACUGUACCUCCAGCCUCAUCUCAUCGUAUAUCCACAUCACUUGCACCAGAGCUACAGUCUGGAAUUACAAAUGAAGACUACAGAAGUGGAGCCAGGACUCUUCACUGACAGCUACUGCAAAGUAUGCAGCGCUCAGCUUAUCUCCGAGUCACAGAGAGUCGCCCACUAUGAGAGUCGAAAGCAUGCCAACAAAGUUCGGCUGUAUUACAUGUUACAUCCAGUGGAUGGGGGUUGUCCUGCAAAGAAGCUUCGGACAGACAAUGGCAGUGCGGAGGGCGAUGUGGACAAAAACAAGUGCUGCACGCUGUGCAAUAUGUCGUUCACGUCAGCGGUGGUGGCCCAGUCACACUACCAGGGCAAGAUCCAUGCCAAGAAAUUGAGACUACUGCUGGGGGAGCCACCUGCCAUCACAUCCAAAGAGGUGACAUCCAGUUUGGAGCAUAUGGUUACUGAAGAUUCCCCAGGAUGUCCCUCCAGACAGGGCAGACUCUCACAUCGAUACUGCCAGAUGUGCAAGGCCUGGUUCAAUAACCCCGGCAUGGCCAAACAGCACUACGACGGCAAGAAGCACAAAAAAAAUGCGGCCCAAGCUAACCUCCUUGCACAGCUGGGCGAGAGUCUGGAAAACGGAGAUGAACUGAUCGGCCUGAAGCGGAGUCACACAUGUGAGGUCUGCUGUGUUACACUGAACUCUGUGGCACAAUAUCACGCACAUCUGCAGGGCUCCAAACACCAGAACAACUUAAAGAACAAAUGAAGUUUAAUGGAACAAAAAGGGUCUCUUUUCAUUCUUCAUCUGAUAUCAAACUCAAACUUCAAGUCUGUCUGUGGAACUCAAAGAAUUCUUCCUUGAUUUGGACAUGAUAUGGAUAUGGACACUAUGGACAAUAUGGUGAUAAUAAACUAUGAUAAAUAUUGCAGUGUAUACAUUUGCACAAAAAAAAAAAAAAGAAAAGAAAAAGAAAAGAAUCCUGCUCCAGCAAGUCCUGAAAACUUUGAAGUACUGUAUAUAAUUAAAGCAUGUAUAAUGGACACAGUUCCAAAA